AAGAAGAGACUGUUACCCAUCUUGAGAGAUAUUGCCAGUGGAAUUCGCUUUCUUCAUGCAGCAACUCCCCAGAUUGUUCAUUGUGAUCUAAAAGCUUCAAAUAUCCUUGUGGAUGGAAGGUUUCGAGCCAAGGUUGCGGAUUUUGGGCUCUCGACAAUCGACACAGAUAAAACGGGGGCAGCUGGAACCCCGUACUUCCUCGCGCCUGAAAUCUUGCGAGGAGAGACGGGGAACACAGCCGAGUCUGAUGCGUAUGCCUUUGGAAUGGUGAUUUUUGAAAUGUACAGUAGGAAGGAUCCCUACGACGGUGAAAACCCUCUCGAGGUCCUUUGUGCUGUUGCAAACAAAGCGGUCAACAAACGGCCACCUCUUCCUCCGACAUGCCCACCAAAGGCGCAAACUUUGAUGAUGGAGUGCCUUGUCGGCGACCCGAGAAGGCGACCAACGUUUGAAGAGUUGGACUGCAGUUGA